GCCGUGACGAGCGGCGCGCGGGAUUGUUGUGCAAAUUAGAUCUUCUGAGGAACGUGUGCUGUGUAGUUUAAUUCUGCGCAGGAUCGAUCAAAUAGAGUGUGUCGAUCGAGUGUGUUUGAUCGAGUGUGUCGAUCAAAUAGAUCUCAGAUUGAGUGCGUUUAUCGCAGCAUGUUCGGCAGCGCGGAUCACUCCACACACUCUUCCGGCAUUACGGCUCUGCUCGCGCACAGAUCUCUGAAGAGACGCAGAGAUGAUGAGGAGCAGCUCCAGGAAUCCAGCGUGAAUCUGCUGAUGAGAAACCAGAACACAACACAACUGUUACUGGAGAUCACAUCACAUGGUCCGAUCAGAGACCUGAGCUGUGACGGAUAUGAAGGUCUGCAGUCGUCAGUUCUGGCGGAUGAGCUGCGGAGCCGAUCGGAGCAGAUGCAGGUUCCAGUGGCGCUGCUGGCCGCCACAGUUCUGUCUGGGAACAUCCGGGAUCUGAUCUCACACACCGAUGAUGACACACACCGUGUGCUACUGAACGAUGAACAGAGAACUGAUGUGUGUGCGUUAGUGAAGUCCGCUCGAGCGCUGAUGUCUGCUGGGAUAUUCAGCCCGGAACUCUUCUGGCAGGAAUACUGGAAGCUGCAGCCUGUGCUGGAGCUGACGUAUCAUCUACACACACACAACAUCCUCACGCUGGACUUCCUGCUGCACAGAGACGCCGCAUCGAUGAGCUCGUGGAUCACGGAGCAGCUCAGAGAUCUGUGUGUUUCCAUGGCAACCGCCGCGGAUCAACAGCAGAUGCAGCAUCAGAUUCUCUCCACUGUGGUGUGUGUUCUGGUGCGGAGGGCCUUUGAAGACUCCAGUCACACACUCUCUGAGACCUGCGGCUCAAUCCUGGACACCAUGAUGACCUGGCUGCUGGACACACUGAGUGAUGAAGACUCGCACACCUCACCCGCCGCACUCUGGGUUCAGGUGUUCGAUGCCUCAGUGUUCGGGGUGUGUGUUUCUGAAGACACACUGCAGCGGUUCUUCACACACUCGCUCAUGCGCGUUCUCACACACCAACCCGUGUUUAAAGUGUCGGAUGCCAUCGCCACACAGAGUGAGUGGAGCUUCGCUAAAACCCCUCCGCUACUGACGGCUCUGUUCUGCAAGAUCUGCGUUGUCUUCAGCGUGGAGUGUGUGUUGGAUCAGCUGCUGCGGGUGUUGGAGACACACGAGGUGAACUGGCGUCACGUGCUGUCGUGUGUGUCUCACCUGCUGGUUCAUGAUGCGCAGACACAGAGCCACCUCACAGAUCUUCUGUCCCGGAUGCUGAGGUCGUCGUGUCACGGCUGUGAUGUGGAGAAGAUGGUGUCGCUGUUCCUGCUGUCCCGUCAGGCGUCUCUCGAGGGACCCGCCGUCUUCCCCUCGUACAGCGACUGGUUUAAAUUGUCGUUCGGUGGAUCCAGCAGUUUCCACGCUAAGAGCAAGAAGUCCACAGUGUUCCUGCUGAAGUUCCUGUCCGACCUGGUUCCCUUUGAACGCCCCCAGUAUCUGAAGGUCCACGUCAUGCACCCGCCGUUCGUCGGGGGGAAGUACCGCUGUCUGCUGCAGGAGUACGUGACGCUCGCCAGGACACGGCUGACAGAUCUGAAGGUGUCGCUGGAGGAGACGGGCAUCUUCGAGGUGGUGAACGGCUCCGCCGGUGCGGUUGAAUGUCCAGCACAGCAGGAUGUGGAGAAGGCCGUAACUCUCUUCAUGAGCACCAAUAAGAUCCCAGCGACAGUGAUAGAGGCCAGUAUCUUCAGGAGGCCGUAUUUCCUGACUCGAUUCCUGCCUGCUCUUCUCUCUCCGCGUGCGCUUCCUGUAACGCCUGAUGCCAGAAUGACCUUCAUUGAGGCCUUGAGGAAGGUGGAUAAGAUCCCGGCCGCGCUCUACACGUCAUACACACACUCGUGUCAGAGGGAGACGCACCGCCAGAAACGAGGUGUGUGUGAGUCCAGUGUGGACGAUCAUCAGGUGAUUCUACGAGAGCAGUUCCUUCAGCUGAGGACGUUGAUGACUGACGGGGAUGUUUGUGCUCAGCUGUCCAGGAUCUCUCAGACGUUGAGGAACAUAUGUCCCGAUGAAGAGACAGGAAGUGAUGUCAUCACGCUGGACCUGGAUUCGCCUGAUUCGACACACGCUGAUGUGGCCAAUCUGACCUUGCAGAGCUUCUGUGUGUGUGUGCUGGACGCUUCCCGAAUCAGCCCUCCGAACAGGCAGGGCUCAUGGCCGGGUGUGUUUGUGAAGGUGCUGUUGGGCCACCGAUGGCUCGUCUCUGCCCUGAUACACAGACUGUGGGAUCUGCUCCAGCACCAGGCUGAGGUUCUGAGCGCGGCUCAUGUUCUGGGUGUGGCGGCGCUGACGGUGGAGCUUCAUCACUGCACACAGGUGUGUGUUCGGGUGCAGCUGACGGGCUCGUCUGCGGUCGCUCUCUCCGUGUCCCAGUGUCUCUGUGAGGCUCUGAUCUGCUCCACACGUGCACACAUGGCCCUCUGCCUCAGGUUGUGUGUGGCUGUUCUGUCGUACGGCCUGUGCAGAGCCAACGCUCAGUCAGAGGAACUCCAGAACUUCAUCCCAAAAACACUUUAUAAAAAGGCUCAGUAUGUGAUGGCCAGGCUGGUCCCCGGGACGCGAGCGCUCCUGAGCGAGGAGGACGAGCCGGAUGCGUGCGCAGGUGUGUGUGAUCUGACGGGGCGAGUGCAGGACUCCGCUGUGGCGCUGUGGAGGAACACACAGAUCCGAUCCCUGAGGAAACGGCCUCAGUAUCAGCUCUCGUUCUCGGAGUGGCUCUCAGCUGAGCUUCAGGUUCACCGGAGCCGAGACGCCCUGACGGAUGCAGAGAGGCAGGAGUAUGAGCAGUGGGCGUGUCUUCAGUAUCUGCACAUGUCGGAGUGUGACGGAGGCUGUGAUGGAGACGUGACUCAGAUCUGCGCUCGCAUCAUCUCUGCUGUUCUAGACCAUCACAUGACGUCACGGACAGGAGCGCGCUCUACUCCACACACUGACCGCUGUCUGCCGGACCUGCUGUCGCUCCUACAGGCGUUCCUGUAUGAAGAGCUGCUCACUCACAGCGCAUCUGAGGACACGGGUCACUUCCUCUGGGACCUGAUUGACAGCAGGUGCUCCGUGACCCCUGACCCCGACAGCAUCGCACAGGAGCUGAAAUAUCAGCAGACGCUUCACGACCUGAGCCGGGUUCUGGCUCUACUUCCUGCUGCCCUGCUGGUGUCCGCCAGAGCCGACCGGAGAACCCUGGACUGCCGUCGGAUGAUGGACCACAUCACGCAUGUUCAGAGGAGGGCGAGUGGAUCUGCUGGCCUGCUGUCCUUCAGUCUCACGGCUCACUUCCUCAAAGCGGUGGUGUGUGUCGGCGCGAGCUGUGCCGGUCCUGCUGACGCCGUGAACGCGUGUGUGUCGGAGUUCAGCGCUCAGUGUCCACUGCUGCUGCUGUCUGCUGCGCGCUGGUGGAGGCGUCUCUCGGUGGCGCUCAGCUCGCAGUGGAAGCGUCUGACUGGACGAGAUGCUCUUCCUCAACAGCUGCAGAUGCUGGACCACACUCACAGCUGGAGCUCACGGCUGAUGAAGGGACUAGCGUCUGCGGCUCCGGCGGCUCCGUCAUGGCUGCUCUCCGCGGCUCUGCACAGCGUCCUCAGGAGAUCCGACAGCGAGAGCAGGACACGGGUCCUCACACAGCUGGACCACACGGAUCAGGUGUGGCUCUUCCUGUUUCUCUACAGUGCGAUGGAGCUCGUGUCUGCUCAGCUGAACGAUGACGUGUGUGUGAAGCGUGUCCGAGACGCCAGCGCGGGUCUGCUCGCUCACCUCCUCCUGCACGAUGCUGAUUGGCUGCUGCUGUUCGACCAGUCCGGGUCAGAUCACAGACUGUCUGGUUUCCUGUCGCGUGUGGCGUCUCCGCAGAUCCUCCGACUGAUGCCGUUUGCCUUCUACAGCAUCCUCUCUGCACUGGACUCGGAGGCCCUGACGCGAGCGGUCCGAUCUCCUGGCUUCCUCUACAGAGCGGCCGUCUGCUACAGGGAUCUCAGUCAGCUGAUCAUGAGCGGCUCACACACACAGCAGCAGGUCCUGCUGGAGGCCCGUAAACUGCUGAUGAGCAGCAUCUCUCUGAGCUCACACACCUGUCUGACACUCAGCCAGAGAAAACAGCUGUGCUCGGAGUACGAGGAGCUGGACGCAGAGAUCUCGGCGGCGCUCGCACACGUCACAUGACCAACAGCAGAUCAAACCCUGAUGAACUCUGACCGGACUCAUGGAAACCGGAACCCACCAAUCAGCUGCCAGAACAGUGAAGCCACGCCCACUACAGCAGCGGCUGACGGACAUCUAUGUGCCUGUCAGAUGACGUCUAUAUCCUCAUGCAGUACAUAUACACAGCUAUAUAUUCAGCUGUUAAAAUGGCAAAGCUUGUGUUUUAAAGCUCUUUGAACUUAUAAAUGAUUCAAUUCGUCAUAUUUCUGUUGCGAUCUCAUCAGAGAAGUGAAUCACACACACACACUCCGUAUGAUUGGCUGUUCACACACACCCUGAGAUCACAGGACGUUACAGCGAGCGCUGUGUUUGCUCAACCGACUCAGAACUCAGUUCAGCCAGCCUGGGGUUGUGCUGCACGUGUGUGUGUGUGUGUGUGUGUGUGCGGCCUGUGAGUGUGUAAAACUCGAGCGAUCACUUGCCCAGCGUUUGACUGACAGGAUAAACGUAACAAUAGUUCGGCUGAUAUUUUCUCUGAUUCAGGCUUCUGGUGUGUGUACGCUUGUGCAUUUGUACGCUUGUGUGUGUGUGUGUGUGUGUGUGUGUGUGCGUGCAGCGUCUCAGAGCAAAACUGUACGUUGAAUUACUUCAAUAAAGCCACGUCAUCACCUAUUCGCUGAAGCAUGA